UGGGCCGGCAGCGGCAGUCCCGCCCGCGGCGCGCAGUGAGCGACCGCGUGCGUAUACCACGCAGACAUGCAUGUACCGAAAUUCGCCGUCGAAAAAUUCGAUCUAGUGAGAUCCGUUUUAGACAUUUACGAUCGAUAAAUCAUAUUAUUUUGUAUAACGUGAAUUAGUGCUGUGUGUGGAACGAGACGAUCGAAAUUUUUAAUAAGUUCUACGACAAAAUGCCACGGGCUAUGGAACAAUCUAAACUACUUUUGUGGACAUUAUUGUUAGUGUGGUUGGUGAGUGGCGGCGACGGGUACAGCUGCCCGUACGGCCAGCAAUGCGGGUUCGAGCCCGCGCCACCCGGCCGCAGCCCGCCCUGCGCGCAGCCCGGCCUCACAUACUGCCUGCACCCGGAGCCAUACCCGGAACACGUCAUCCACAAAUUGAUAGAAGCAGGACAGUACGACAUCCGGACGCUCCUGACGGAUGAGAGCCGAGACGAGUUCGACGCCAAGAAGAAGGGCAACUACCCGUACAGCUACGGGCCCAACUCUCUACCGCACGUCGACCAGAUCUCGCUUGUGCACGAUCCUCUGACGACCACACAUCACCACAAGGACGUGCAUAAGUAUCAUGGGCGAUACACCCCUGAUGCCUUUUCCGACAAGACUCCGCUACAACCGCCAUCACCUGUCGACCCAUCUCCAUACAACGUGUAUCUGCCGCCCAACAACACGAAGUUCGGCUCCAACGAUUACUUAGCCGGUGGCAACUACUGGAACCGUAAUCGCCAGUACGACUACACCAAGAAGGGCUUGAGGCAUCAUACUUUGAUUCCACACUCUCCAGGUUACAACCACGGUUUCUUGAACGAGCCUAACUUGUACCCAGGAUACGACGUCGAAUGGUUCCGACAGCCAGACUCUGAUAGCGUCACACGAUACAAUCCUACAGAAUGGUGGAAGUAUAUGACACCUUCUCGGUCUGAUGGCGUGACAAUCCAACGCUCUAUAUCGUUUCCGUCGCACACGACCACAGUGCGCCGGCGCCGAAAUGCUGAGCUGGUGCAGGCGGCCUCCAAGAAGAAGCUGACCGGCGCCGAGGCACUCAGAAUAGCUCUGGGAUUGGCUAAUGAGGACAGCUCUGCUGAAAGACCGCGCCGACAAGCGCAGGACAAUACACAAGAGUUGUGUCGAGUUAGGACGCAAUUCAUCACUCCCCGAGCGGCGCUCAACAACAAGGGCAACUGGCGAUACGUCGUCAACAUGGCUGACAAUAUGACACAACUAGUGCGCGCUGAAAUUUGCGCGUCCACUGAAUGUAAUGGUUUGUGCACAAUACCUUUGGGAUAUAGUUCUCGCUGUGAACAAAAAUACAUUCAGAAGCGUUUAGUUGCACUGGAAACAAGCGGCCAGACACUCUACACGGAUUUGUUUUGGAUACCCAGUUGCUGUCAGUGCACGAUAGUCAACAAUAAUUGAAGCUUCAUAGUGUGUUUAACAAAUUGUGAUGUAGUCGUUGUGAAGUAUUUAAUUUUUUGUUUUAUUUUUCGCUACUUAAUAAUAGAUGGCGCCUUAAGCAAUAAAUUUCGAAACAGUUGUUUCAAGGUUUUUUUAUUUGAAGUUGUUAUUGAAACAAUUUUUAUUUCACAUGACAUAUUAUUAUGUUUAGAUUAAAUUAAUAUUAAUUAAACA